GCCCGCCCCGCCGCCAGGUGGGCUGAGGAAGUGCUGUCGCGGCGUGUGCCGGGCGGGGAGGCUCCUGAGGACCGGGCAGGCCAGACCUUUCCGUCGGCGGGUGCCAAGCUGGGAUCGCCGCCAUGAGCAAGAUCUCCAAGUUCUUCAAGGGGGGCGGCUCGGCCGGCUCCAAGGGCCGCAGGGGUCCGUCGCCGCAGGAGGCGCUGGCCCGGCUGCGGGAGACGGAGGAGAUGCUCAGCAAGAAGCAGGAGUACCUGGAGACGCGGAUCGAGCGGGAGCUGGCGGUAGCCCGGCAGCACGGCACCAAGAACAAGCGAGCUGCCUUACAAGCACUGAAGAGAAAAAAGAGAUAUGAGAAACAGUUGAAUCAAAUUGAUGGGACACUUUCGACCAUUGAGUUCCAGAGAGAGGCAUUGGAAAAUUCCCACACCAACACAGAAGUGCUCAAGAAUAUGGGCUAUGCUGCACAAGCUAUGAAAAAAGUACAUGAAAAUAUGGAUUUGAACAAAAUUGAUGAUUUGAUGCAAGAUAUCACUGAACAGCAAGAUGUUGCCCAGGAAAUUUCAGAUGCAAUCUCAAACCGAGCCACCUUUGGUGAUGAGUUUGAUGAGGAUGAGUUGAUGGCAGAAUUAGAAGAACUGGAGCAAGAAGAACUGAACAAGGGAAUGAAAGAUGUCAGGUUGCCAAGUGUUCCGUCCACAUCGCUGCCUUCUCGCCCUGCAUCGACCAGGAAAAGAGCAGAGGAUGAAGAUGAAAUGAAGAAACUGGCUGCCUGGGCUUCAUAAGAGCAUGGUUUUUUUUAUAACACCAAGCAUUAUAGUAAAGAGCUGUACUGCUGUUUUAUAACCACACUGAUUUACUGUGGUUGCAUUUCAUACAGGCUGGGGUUUUUUAUGGCACAUCUUGCUGAGACUAGUGUUACUGCCAUAUUACAAAACUAGCUUAAAAACCAGCAAACAAAAGAAUUAAAUAGUUGUCUAAACCUUCAGGCAUAAUUUUUUUUCAGCCUUGUGAAGAAAUUUGUUAUAUUAUUAGUAUCAGUUUUUUAUAGGCAUUAUCUUACCAUAUCUGUUGGUUUGUAAAACCUGCGUGCCUCACUUAUGCUCAAAGCUGGAUUCAUUGCAAGUUCCUCGAGCCCAAGAACUAAUAACUAUUCAUUUGAACAUGAAGAUUCAAACAGUUUGCCUGGAGCAACUUAUGGUGUCCUAGAUAUUAAGAGGAAGCUCUUCUGUAGGCUUAUUGAAGUGGUAUGUGGUAUUUGUUUUGUUUUAACUGGCCACAAUGUCCCAUGCACUUCUGCAGGUCAACUUGAAUUGUAUUUUGGACUAUUUCUGACUAGGUUACAGAAUUACAGUGAUCGAGGAAAGCAAAAUUAGCAACACGUUUUUAGUUACACAAUUUCAAAAUAGUUUUGAUUUCUGAGCAUUUGGUUCUUUUCUCUUACUCAGUUUAUGAAUGGAAAUAAUACCAGUGUGUUGUAUUUACAGGGCCUUUUUAAACCCUGAUUAAAAGCUGAUUCUGGGUUGCUUGUGAAGUUGGUGUGUUUCUGUCCAACUGACAGUGCUUUAGCCAAAGGAAAAAAUGCCACUCUUGAGUGCUAAACUACUACAUACAUGGAGAGAUGGCUGUUCAAAUACAACCCAAAAAUUAAAUAGGCUGCUUUGUAUUAACAAAGUAUUAAAUUAGUCUUAAACUGUGUGCUUAGAACAGUGUGGAGUUCCUAGGGGUGUAGGAAGCAGAGUCCUUGAUCUAGGUUUCUUGUUUUCAAAUGAAUUUAAAUUUAGUGAUGACUGAACCACUUGGGGAUUAGUGGUGGACUUGGUUUCUGUAGAUCUUUAGCAACAGAAGACUGACCCCUUCUCCUGCAGGCUUUAGCCUGUGAUUUGCUGGGUGUUCAGCUUCAACAGUCUUCAAGUUAGUGAAUUUUAGGUUAAGUAUAAGCAAAUACAUGCUUCUAGACAUGGUCUGCUCAGAGCCUGUCAAGUUGAGCCCCAUGGAUGAAACCCAGAAUGUAUAAACCCUGUGAAGAGAUUGACUUUUUCAGGGCUUUCAUUCUCUGUGGAGGAAUUGCUUUUGGAUUGUAUCUGUAUGAGAGCUGAAUCAAGCCUUUCCACGUAAUUAAUAAUUUUCUUACUGGAUAAAACUGGGUGUGUUAAUUCUGUCCUAAAAUUUGGAAUUUGGAGGUACCAAGAAAAUUGUCCCUUUUUGUUGAGAGUAGAGGAAGUCUGGAAUUAUUUAAUUUUUGUUUUAAAUACAAAAUAAAAAAAAAGACACAGCUGCCUUAAAUUUAAAAAUACAUUUUGAACUCUCAAGGAGUAGGAAACCAAAUACUAUCCAUGUGCUACUUGGUUUUAAUGCUCGCUGAAAUUCAGCAUGAUAUGUUGUUAUCUGAAAGCAGGAAUAUUUAGUAAAAUAGCAUAUAUUCAAAGUUAUUUGAAAUCCAUUUACUAACCCUUUUGGCUUGAAUCCUGUGUUCAGGGUGUGCAGUUUAUGCAGGUCUCUGAAUUGUGUACAGAACACAUGAGCACACACUGGGGGUGUGACUGUGCAAGGCUGGCAGUGUGCUUGUGGACACUUCUGGCAUUUCUAAAUACGAGGCCAUGCCAACACAGUCCCAUAGUUAGUUUGGAAAAGCUGGCUUCCAGCCUCUGUUCUUGUUUGAAUUAGUAGUUUAACAAUGCUUAGCUCUUAUGUAGGUAGCACUUGGCAUAUUUGAAGUGCUCUACAACCUAAUGGGUCUCUAAGCUUCCAUUUUGAAACUAAAGUGAUUUUCAUUCUGCUUUGCAAAAUGUAGGCCUGCUGUUUUUGAAUAAGAAUUUUCCAUGUGAACACCCCUCACUGGAGACAAAAUAAUCCUGUAGAGAUCUCCUUUGCAAACCAGCAUUUGACUGCUGACCUCUAGCAAUGUUUUGGCCAAGUGUUGAUCCUGAAGAAGCUUCAGGUGUGUUCAGCUUAUUAAUGUUUCAGACCAAGCACUUUAAAAACAAAACUUUUGAAAGGUGAAGAAAUGAGACUGAAUAUUCAUCUGAGCUGCUCUGAAAGCUUAUGUAUAGUGGCUGGUGAUCCUGAAAGACAGACUCAUGUACCAGUUCAUAGGCCAGGAUGUGAGGUUGGUGAAAUUAUACUCAGAAACACUGUAGUGGUGUACAGAAACGAAAAGACACCCUGGACCUCCAUAACUGGAGUGUUUGUUGCCAUUUUUUUUUUUGGACACGAGUUUUCUUCAAGGGAAAAGAGUUGUAGGGAUUUAAUUCAGCUGAGGGAGUGGCUCUUUCCUGUGUAAAUUCAGAUAACAGUGGGACAAAUGGCUCUUUCUUAUUUGAACAUAUGCCUCUCUUCAUGCCAAGAUGGUAUUUGUUUAGUAUGUAAGCAGUCGAGAGUGAAUAGUGUCAGUGUGUUAUUCUAAAUGUACCCUAUUAACUGGAACAUAUUUUACAGGAGGACUGUGGCAGCAGAUGGUGUACUAUAAAUUACUUCCUUUCUUGUUGCUUAUUUAUUCUGAGAUUGGUUUUUUACUCCUAACAGGCUUAGACAUUUUUAAACUGGAUAACUUUAAAAAGGGGAAAAGAUACUGAUAAAAGUAAAACUAAUUCAUGUAUGUAUAUAUAUACACACUGUAAAUAAAUAUUUUGGUGUCA